CUUUUAUCUAUAUUGCGUUGUUUUCAAUUUGAUAGUUUGGGGUUUUGGUCAAAAGAAUUCAACCUCUAAACAUCAGAGGAAAUUCAGUCAUAAAAAAAUAAACUAUCUGCAUAAUAAUUGCCUGGAUGUCUCUUAUCGUUGAGGGACCUCAAAGGAGAACACAAGCGCUACCGUGGGGUUGCGCGCGCACCUCAACAGUUGGAGGUUGUCGUAUCUUAGCAACACCGUGUAAACACAAGUGAAAUGAAAAAAAAGAUGGCGACGCAGAGAGAGCAGGACGCCGCUGAUUAUCUCAAGAAACACAAAAUACCCGAGCUGUUGGAGAACCUGACCAGCAUGCUCUUCUUCCACAGACCCGAGAAGCCCAGAGAGUUUCUGGUGGAGCAGCUGGAGCAGCUGAAGAUGUCUCAGCAGAGCGGUAUAAAAGCGCCCAGUCUGUUCAACAAAGCCAACCUGGAUGCAGUCUAUGGGAUCCUGGACCCCACUCAUCAAAAACACAUCACUUUUGCCCAAUAUAAGCAGGCUCUGAUCACACUGGGGAUCAAAGAUAUUAAUGAAUGUCCCGAAGGUGUAAAUGAAGACAAAAUAUCCCACGAAACAUUCGAAACAGAAGCGAUUAGAGGCCUGCAGAGAUGCUCAGCAACAUAUGAACAACUGUGACCUUUUGUUUGAUGUUCCAAUC